AUGGCUUCAUCAGACAUCCCUUCUGAUACUCAACAACUUCAACAUCCGCUCGAGAACCCCACAUUUACCGUCAAUUUCACAUGGCGAGGAUGGAAAGGCAAAGUCUUCGAUGCCAAGUAUCCUGGAUCUGACCCUAUAUACACCAUUGACUUCCCGGCCAAAUCUGUUGCUAAAUCGGAAGCCACAAUGAUCUUCAACAAGGGUGCCAGUGAAGAAGUUGUCGGAAAGGGCAAACUUAAUCUGGUCUCCAUCCAUCCAAGCUAUGAAUUACAUGGACAGAAGGGUCAACUACUGGCCCAGAAACGCUUCCGCACUGUGUACACCCACCGUUCGCUCAACUUUUCUACGAACGACACUCCCGUCACAAUGACAUGGUCAAGUGAUGCAGGCUUUAAGACCUGGGAUUUUGUCUGCGUUGACGAACAGCAGAACGCCGUGGCCAAAUUCUCGGGAAAUGCUUGGGGUGUCACCAAUGUUGGCAAAAUCGAGUUCGAUGGUCCAAAGAAACACGAUCGAGCUGCGCAGGAGGAGCUUUUGGUCACGGGAGUAAUACUUUUCUACUGCAUGAUGGUUCGAUGCAGUAACAUUUUCAAUCUCUUUGGGGCUAUCUUUUCUCGUCCUGGACGCAAAGAACACAUUGAUCCUCAGCCUACGACUGGGACUGGCCAGGGAGCUCCUUGA